GGCUUACACCGAAGAGGAAGGCCGGGAGAGGAGAGAGAGAGAGAGAGAAAAGAGAGUGAGAGUGUGUGUGUGUGUGUGUGUGUGUGUGUGUGUGUAUGUGUGUGUGUUGCUUUUCUUUUUGGUGGUGGUGGCAGAGGGAGUAGGGCCAGCCCUGAACUCGUUGGACAGAGCUACAGACCCAUGGGGCCUGGCAGUGCCCGCUGAGAGGGAGAAGACGGCAAAGGGCUUGCCGAGGCACCCUCCAAACCUCAGAUCAUGUCUCUGUGGGGUCUGGUCUCCAAGAUGCCCCCAGAAAAGCUGCAGCGGCUCUAUGUUGACUUCCCCCAACACCUGCGGCAUCUCCUGAGUGACUGGCUGGAGAACCAGCCCUGGGAGUUCCUGAUUGGUUCAGAUGCUUUCUGCUGCAAAAUGGCUAGUGCCCUACUUUCAGCCACUGUCCAGCGUCUUCAGGCUUCCGCAGGAGAGCAGGGGGAGGGGAGUGCCAUCUUGCAACACAUCAACACCUUGGAGAGCAUAUAUCAGAGGGACCCUUUGAAGCUGGUGGCUACUUUCAGACAAAUACUUCAAGGGGAGAAAAAAGCUGUUAUGGAACAGUUUCGCCACCUGCCAAUGGCCUUCCACUGGAAGCAGGAAGAACUCAAGUUUAACACAGCUCUGCGGAGACUACAACAUGGAGUGGGGGAGACCCGCCUUCUUCGGGAAGCCCUGCAGCAGGGGACUGAGGCUGGCCAAGUAUCUCUACACGGCUUGAUAAAAACUCCUGCCAAUGGGACUGGGCCAACUGAGGCCCUGACCGCGCGGCUGCAGGAGACUGUGGGGGAGCUGGAGGCCACCCAAGCCCUGGUGUUGAAGAGGAUCCAGAUUUGGAAACGGCAGCAGCAGCUGGCAGGGAAUGGCGCACCCUUUGAGGAGAGCCUGACUGCACUACAGGAGAGGUGUGAGAGCCUGGUGGACAUUUAUUCCCAGCUACAGCAGGAAGUAGGGGCAGCUGGUGGGGAGCUUGAGCCCAAGACCCGGGCAUCACUGAUUAGCCGACUAGAUGAAGUCCUGAGAACCCUGGUGACCAGCUCUUUCCUGGUGGAGAAGCAGCCCCCACAGGUUCUGAAGACUCAGACCAAAUUUCAGGCUGGUGUUCGAUUCCUGCUAGGCUUGCGUUUCCUGGGGGCCUCAGCCAAGCCUCCACUGGUCAGGGCCGACAUGGUGACUGAGAAGCAGGCGAGGGAGCUGAGCCUGCCCCAGGGGUCUGGGGCUGGAGCGGAGAGCACUGGGGAGAUCAUCAACAACACAGUGCCCCUGGAGAACAGCAUCCCGGGGAACUGCUGCUCAGCCCUGUUCAAGAACCUGCUCCUGAAGAAAAUCAAGCGGUGUGAGCGGAAGGGCACUGAAUCUGUCACUGAGGAGAAGUGUGCAGUGCUCUUCUCUACUAGCCUUGUGCUUGGCCCCAACAAACUCCCUGUCCAGCUCCAGGCCCUGUCUCUGCCCUUGGUGGUCAUUGUCCAUGGUAACCAAGACAACAAUGCCAAAGCUACUAUCCUCUGGGAUAAUGCCUUCUCUGAGAUGGACCGUAUUCCCUUUGUGGUGGCUGAGCGGGUACCCUGGGAGAAGAUGUGUGAAACUCUGAACCUCAAGUUCAUGGCUGAGGUGGGGACCAACCGGGGACUGCUCCCAGAGCACUUCCUCUUCCUGGCACAGAAGAUCUUCAAUGACAACAGCCUUAGCAUGGAGGCCUUCCAGCAUCGUUCUGUAUCCUGGUCACAGUUCAAUAAGGAGAUCCUGCUGGGCCGUGGCUUCACCUUUUGGCAGUGGUUCGAUGGUGUCCUGGAUCUCACCAAACGCUGUCUUAGGAGCUACUGGUCAGACCGGCUGAUUAUUGGCUUCAUCAGCAAGCAGUACGUCACUAGCCUUCUUCUCAAUGAACCUGACGGAACCUUCCUCCUCCGAUUCAGCGACUCAGAGAUUGGGGGAAUCACCAUUGCUCAUGUCAUUCGGGGCCAGGAUGGCUCUCCACAGAUAGAGAAUAUCCAGCCAUUCUCUACCAAAGACCUGUCUAUUCGCUCCCUGGGUGACCGAAUCCGGGAUCUUGCUCAACUCAGAAACCUCUAUCCCAAGAAACCCAAGGAUGAGGCUUUCCGGAGUCAUUACAAGCCUGAACAGAUGGGGAAGGAUGGGAGGGGUUAUGUGCCGGCUACCAUCAAGAUGACUGUGGAAAGGGACCAGCCCCUUCCAACUCCAGAGCCCCAGAUGCCUGCCAUGGUACCCUCUUAUGAUCUUGGAAUGGCCCAGGAUCCCUCCAUAAGCAUGCAGCUUGGACCAGAUAUGGUGUCCUCAGUGUACCCCCCACACUCUCAUUCCAUCCCCUCAUAUCAAAGCCUGCCCCCAGAAGAGUCGGUCAGUGUGCUGCCAGCCUUCCAGGAGCCUCACCUGCAGAUGACCCCUAACCUGAGCCAGAUGAGCCUGCCUUAUGACCAGCCUCACCCCCAGGGCCUACUGCAGUGCCAGCCUCAGGAGCAUGCUGUGUCUAGCCCCGAGUCCCUGCUCUGCACAGAUGUGACCAUGGCAGAAGACAGCUGCCUGAAUCCUCCAGUGGGAUUUCCCCAGAGCACCUGGGUCGGUGAAAAUAUGUUCCCUCCCCUCCUGCCUCCCACUGAACAAGACCUCACCAAGCUUCUCCUGGAGGGCCAAGGGGAGGCAGGGGGAGGGUCCUUGGGAGCCCAGCCCCUCUUGCAGCCCUCCCCCUAUGGGCAGUCUGGGAUCUCAAUGUCUCACCUGGACCUAAGGGCCAACCCCAGUUGGUGAUCCCAGCUGGAGGAGACCAGAGAUGCUUUUCUACUGUCUCCAUGGACGUGCUCUGGACACCUGCUCAUGCUGGUGCCUCCCAUCUCCAGCUACUCCUCAGUCAGGAAGAAAAGACUUUGCCAGGAGAAUGCACGGUGUGGGGAGCCACUCCACUCCUUCCUUCCUACCACACACCGCUGUCCCCCUCUUCCAGCACUGGAAGUGACGUUUAGGCUCCAAAGUGAGAUGCGCGCCAGCACACCUGCACCGCAGAACAUACACACAGCUUUCCAUGGAGGGUGAUGAUGAGCUGAGCAGGAAGCACACUGGGUGGGAGCACAGGUUAGGGCACUGAGGGCUUCUCUGAGCAAAGGCCUGGGACAGAUGCCGAAACACACAGACACAUGCAAACAUUUGCACUAAGGGCCAGCACAGAGGGCAUGGGUCUAGGUUCAUGCCCUGGGGGUAUGGAGAAGUUUGGGGGACCCUGAGGAGAGAAAGGGUCUGGACAUGCGAGUUUUGCUACUAUUAAAAAACAAAUUCUCCGAAGUCCCAAGUUCUUGCCAAAUGGAGACUUUUGAUGAGAUUGUGCAGAAGGGCCUAGCUUCUUCACAUGUAGCUGUGCCAAAGCGUGUGCCUGAGACGCUAACCUAUAGAUGUCACAUAUUUGUUGUAUGGCCAUGUUGUUGUACAGAACAUGUGUCUUCUCUGCUUUUGCUUGACAACACAAAUUUGAAAGUAUGAGACACCGCAUAAGACACCAGUGAGGGUGCUGGCCUCUGACAAGUUAACCCUUAUGUCCUGUUUGUGAUUGUGCCCAGGUAGGUAUGUGUGGCUAUAACAUUUGCAUAUGGCUAUAGCUUUGGUGGCUUAACACCCCCAAUACUGCCCGGAGCUGGGAGAAAGAGAUUAGGUGCAGGCCUUGCAGUGUGGCCCUCCUGUAUGUUGGGGGCCCUGCCUCCUCCUCUUCUAUUUUCCCAUCCACUGCCAGCUUCCCUUCACUCCCGCACCCCAUGCCACCCUUUUACCUUCUAGGGGGGAAGAGGUCAUGGAUCCUAAGCC